AUGCUUGAGGGUCUCGUCGCCAACUUGCUCAACCGCUUUCUGGGCAUGUACGUCCAGAACUUCGAUCCGAAACAAUUGAACGUCGGUAUCUGGUCUGGGGACGUCAAGCUCCGCGAUCUCGAACUUCGCCGUGAAGCCCUCGAUCAGCUCAACCUCCCUCUCAACGUUGUCCAGGGCCAUCUCGGCUCGCUCACACUCUCUAUACCAUGGUCGAACCUCAGAGGCAAGCCCGUGCGGGUUAGCAUCGAGGAUGUCUUCCUGCUGGCUGCGCCUAGGGAGGAUGCCGACUUCGACCCAGAUGAGCAAGACCGGCGGGCGCACGCCGUGAAGAUGGAGAAGCUGGACAGUGCGGAAAUGCUGAAAGAAAGAAACACCGAGGGCAUGUCGCAGGAGGAGCAGCAAAAGAACCAGAGCUUCACGGCGAGCUUGGUCACUGCUAUCGUGGAUAACGUCCAGGUCAGCGUGAAGAAUGUGCACAUUCGCUAUGAGGAUUCCCUCUCCGAUCCCGGCCACCCGUUUGCGCUCGGAAUCACUCUCGACGAGCUCAGCGCCGUUAGCACCGACGAGAACUGGAAACCCACCUUCAUCCAGAGCGCUUCUGCCUCCGCUCACAAACUCGCCACGCUCGGUUCUUUGGCGGUAUACUGGGACACGGAUGCGAAGCUGCUGUGUUCGGGCACAGGCACGACACAGGCAAUGGACCAUGCCGAGUUUGUGGAAAAGCUUCGCAGCAUGAUCAUCAAGGGCGACAGCUCUACCAUUGCCGAGCAUCAGUUCAUCCUCAAGCCCGUCAGUGGCAGGGCGGGGCUUGAGAUGGACAAGACCGGCAAGACGGACCGGCCCAAGAUCAAGGCUCGUCUGCUCUUUGAUGAGCUCGGCUUUGUCAUCGACGAGGACCAGUACCGCGAUGCCUUGAUGCUGGUAGACCUCUUCCACUACUUCAUCAGGCAUCAAGAGUAUAAGAGGCUGCAGCCCAAGAGCCGGCCGAAGGAAGAUCCUCGGGCGUGGCUUCAGUUUGCUGGAAAUGCAGUGCUUGAUAAGAUCCACGAGAGAAACCGUAAAUGGUCCUGGGAUUACUUCAGGGAAAGGCGCGAUGACCGGAAACGGUACAUCGAGCUUUUCAAGAAGAAGAAGAGAGAAGAGCAGCUUUCGCCGGAUGAAACUAAGGAGCUUGAUGACCUGGAGCACAAGUUGUCUUAUGAAGACUUGCGAUUCUGGCGUUCGCUUGCCCGUAAUCAGCUGCGUAAGGAGAACGUUGGCGUGAAGAAGCAGCCCCAGAAGCAGUCAUGGUCGUCAUGGAUCUGGGGAGGUGGCCAGGAGGACACUUCUGAGGACGCCCAAAUGUCGGAGAAACAGCGACAAGAGCUGUACGACGCCAUCGACUGGGACGAGAAGAAGCAAAUUACCGAGGCCGUUGACAUGCCGCGGGAGUAUGUGAAGAUGCAAGUGGAAAUGAGUCUUCGGACUGGUAGCUUCACACUGAAGCGAGACCCGCACGGCAAGGCCACGGAGAUUCUGCGCUUGCUGUUUGAUUCCUUCAGCACCAAGGUUCUACAGAGGACCGAUUCCAUGCUUGCAGAGCUCAGCCUUGAUGGCAUGCGGUUGUACGAUGGCACCACGGAAGGCAGUCUGUUCCCUCAGAUUGUCACCGUCAAGGAUGCUCCUCCUGUGCCGGAUGAGAAGCGCAUCGAAGAGCUUAAUGACGACGAAACCUCAAAAGCUGACGCGGACGAGGAAGUUGCCGAUCCUUUCUUCCAGUUGUCUUUCGAAAACAACCCUCUGGAUGGAAGCGCAGAUACCGCUCUGACCGUGAAGCUGAAGGGUAUGGAAGUCAUCUACAACCCCAGAUUCGUGGUCGAGGUUGUGAAAUUUUUCAAGCCUCCGGAGAGCCGUAUGGAGUCUAUUGGAGCACUCAUGGAGACUGCUGGCGCAACUGUCGAGGGUCUACGACAGCAGACUCGUGCUGGUCUUGAGUUUGCGCUUGAGGAGCACAAGACGAUCAACGCUCAGCUCGACUUGCAAGCCCCUCUCAUCAUCGUUCCGGACUCCGUUACCAAAGAGAGCAGCAUUUGCCUGAUUUUGGAUGCCGGUCAUGCCAAGGUCAGCAGCGAGCUUAUCGACAAGGACACACUAAAGGACAUCCAAUCCAAGCAAAAGGGACAGUUCUCCGAGGAUGAUCUCAAGCGCCUUCAGGGCCUGAUGUACGACAAAUUCCUGUUGAAGCUCGACUCAACCCAAGUCCUCAUCGGGCCUUCGAUAGAGGAGACCAAGGCGCAACUGGUAGAAACUGAUGGCUCGAAGAACCUCCACCUCGUGGACCGUAUCAAUGUCGACUUUACCAUUGAAACUUGCAUCGUCCCCAAGGCCUCUGACCUGACAAAAUUCCGCAUCUCGGGUAAUCUGCCUGUUUUGCACGCUUCAAUUUCGGAUGCCAAGUACAAAAACCUCAUGAAGUUGAUUGAGGUCGCUAUACCGAAGUUCGAAGACCCACCUGCACCGGACAAACAAGUGGCACAGGGAGCCACUGGAUCUUCAAACUUGAAGCCCACUGACAAUGUCAGCAAUGACCAACUUACGAAGACAAGAUCCAGGUCGUUCCAAUACUCUGCGCAACAACGCGAGCUCGUGGUAUCUGACGCGGGUAGCGAAGCCGAUGACGCUGAAUUCGAGGAUGCGACUGAUGGCACCAAGUCUGACGUGCCUGUUCAUCAGCGGAAUUUUGAGUUCAAGUUCACUGUGGACAAGCUGCAAGGUUCUUUGUAUCGAUCCGAUCCAGAGGGCAAGAAACCAGACCAGCUUUUAGUUGAACUUGUUGCGGAGCAUUUCUACCUCGAAUUCUACCAAAGGGCUUUCGACAUUGCGGCCGAAGUCCGUCUGAAGAGCAUGGCGGUCGUGGACCACGUUGACCCUAACCCACUGCCAGAGUUCAGGAACCUUAUCUCGUCAGACGAUGCUGGUGACAGAGAUCUCUUCCAACUGAAGUUUGUCAAGGUCAACAAGGACUCACCCGAAUUCAUGCCCAAGUAUGAGGGCAUUGGGACAAACUUAGACGUUCAUGUCUCCACGAUCAACUUGAUCGUGACUCGGGCGACUUUGUUGACGUUGUUGGACUUCGUGCUCAUCACCUUCACCAGCCCCGGUCCGCCUGAAGACAAAGACAAGAAGAAGGUCAAGGAUAGUCCGGAAGAUGAUGAUGAAAUCGCGGUCGCUGCUGUGAACCCAGACCCUGACAAGAUCCGCAUCAGAGCUGAGCUUAAGGGAAUAUCGGUCAUAUUGAACAACGACGGUAUGCGCCUUGCAACCUUGAGCCUCAGUACUGCAGAUGUUGGUGUCUUCAUCAUGGGCAAGGCGAUGCGCGUCGGUGGCAAGUUGGGCAGUCUGUCUUUGACCGAUGAUGUCAAUCAAGGCGUCUCUAAGGAAUCUUCCUUGCGUCAGCUUGUUACCAUUGAAGGUGACGAGUUGCUGGACUUUGCCUACGAGACCUUCGAUUCGGACUCAAAGGCGUACCCUGGCUACGACACUUCCAUCUACUUGCGUUCCGGUUCCAUCAAAGUCAACUUUGUCACGGAGCCCUUCAGGAAGAUCAUGGAGUUUGGAGUCAAGUUUGGCAAGAUGCAGGCCAUCUUCAAUGCUGCUCGUCAAGCCGCUGCGGAGCAAGCCAGCCAAGUGCAAGAGAAGGCCAACAAGAUGCAUUUCGAUAUCUUGAUCCGUACACCGAUCGUCGUCUUCCCCCGCAUGGUUGCUCCUGAAGGUCAGGCGGAACGUGACAGCCUCACAGCAUACUUGGGAGAAAUCUAUGCGAACAACAAGUUCGUACCUCUUGACGACUCUAAGAACGCAGACACUGCCAACAAGCUGUCUGCUGGCCUCCGUAACAUUCGCCUCACUUCCUUCUUCCACUACGAGGAGGAGAAGUCGGAGGAGCUGGAGUUGAUCGACAAGGUUGACCUGGGUUUCGACAUCACCUAUGUUGAACACAAGCCCGAGUACAAGCGCCCUGACCUGGAGAUCGAAGAUCCAUUCCAGCUGCGUUUGCUACAGACCCUGAAGCGGCUAUGA